GAGCUCAUCGAAUAUGCAGCUUCUAAGGGUCAUGUGGAAGUGGCCCGUUUGUUGUUACAAGCCGGGGUCCCCAAGGACUUGCAUUUCCCGGACGUUAGUGGCGAUGAGACAGCCUUGAGCCUCGCAUCGUUCAAAGGUCAUGUUGAGCUUGUCCGACUGCUCCUGGAGGCUCAUGCAGACACAGAAGUGCGAGCCGGGCAAGGCAGAUUUACAGCCAUCGUGGGCGCAUGUUUCGAUGGCCAUGUAGAGGUCGCUCGACUGCUGUUGGAAGCUGGUAGGUCUACGGUGCACACACGUACCAGCACGGCAUUUACUGCUUUGGCUCUCCUGGCUGCAUCUUCCCAGGGCCAUAUCCAGCUUGUGCAACUGUUGUUGCAAGCUCGUGCUCAACCGAAUUUGUGGCCGAACUUGGUAGGCGAGUCGGCAUUGAUUUUUGCGUGCGACGCAGGCCAUGUCGAGAUUGCAGAACUGCUGUUGCAAGCUGGCGCCCAUGUCAACUUUCAGGACAACCACGGCGACACGGCUCUUAUGUUGGCAUCGGAAAAAGGGCAUAUCGAGAUUGUGGCACGGCUGUUGGCAGCUGGUGCUGACUUGGACUGCCAGGACAAGGAUGGAGACACAGCGCUUAUUCUCGCAUGUGGCCAAGAACAUGCUCAGAUUGUCCAAUUGCUGCUGGACCGUGAUGCGGCAAUGGACCAGCAGGGCAAGGGCGGCUACACGGCUCUUAUGUAU